AUGGCUGGAUUCGGCGCCAACUGCAGGCUGGGGGCCGUGCUCUUCUUCUCCGCCUGGAUCACGCUCGCGGCCCUCAACAGGCUGGUGCGCCCGGCGCCCAACGGGUGCCAGAUGACCUACAUGUACCCGACCUACAUCCCCAUCCACGCCCCCAACAACGUCUCCUCCGACAGGUACGGCCUGUUCCUGUACCACGAGGGGUGGAAGGAGAUCGACUUCGCCGAGCGCGUCCGCAAGCUCGACGGCGUGCCCGUGCUUUUCAUCCCCGGCAACGGCGGGAGCUACAAGCAGGUUCGCUCAUUUGCUGCAGAAUCUUCUCGAGCAUAUCAAAACGGUCCACUUGAGCCCUCCUUUUAUCGGGAACCAUCUAGUGCAUUUGAACUGGAAGAUUCUUCCCUUCCAUCACAAUAUGGCCGUAUUCUGGAUUGGUUUACUAUUGAUCUUGAAGGAGAACACUCUGCAAUGGAUGGUCGCAUACUUGAGGAGCAUACUGAAUAUGUUGUCUAUGCCAUCCAUAGGAUCCUUGAUCAAUACAAAGAAUCUCAUUUAGCACGAUCGAAGGAUGAUGUUCGUUCUACUGGUAACUUGCCAUCUAGUGUUAUGCUAGUUGGACAUUCAAUGGGUGGUUUUGUGGCUCGAGCAGCUCUUGUCCACCCGGGCUUAAGGAAAUCAGCUGUUGAAACUAUACUGACGCUCUCCAGCCCACACCAGUAUCCUCCUGUUGCUCUGCAGCCGUCCUUGGGUCAUUUUUUCUCCCAUGUCAAUGAAGAAUGGAGAAACGGAUACAAGAAAGGAGUAUCACAUACAAGCAGUCCAAAACUCUCAAAUGUAGUAGUUGUCUCUAUAUCAGGCGGCAUCCAUGAUUAUCAGAUUAGGUCAAGGUUGGCCGCAUUGGAUGGCAUUGUACCUUCUACUCAUGGGUUUAUGGUAGGGAGCUCCAGUGUGAAGAAUGUUUGGCUAUCCAUGGAACAUCAAUCCAUCCUCUGGUGCAAUCAAUUAGCUGUACAGGUCGCGCACACUCUUCUUAGCAUGAUAGAUCCUGUGGAUCGGCAGCCAUUUUUGAGUUCACAAAAAAGAGUCUUUGUGUUUGCGAAAAUGCUCCAGAGUGUAGUUCCCCAGUCUUUGAGUUGGAUGAAUCAUGUUUCAGGUUCUCAAUCUUCAAAUUUUCUUGCGAGUGAUACCAAGGAAGCCGGUGAAUUGCAGCGAAAUGAUACACUUUUUUGCCCACCAUCUGUUCUAUGGACAAGUGAUGGCCUUGAAAAGGACCUGCAUAUCCAGUCAAAUUUGGUUACUGUUUUAGCGAUGGAUGGCAGGAGAAGAUGGUUAGAUAUUAAAAAGCUGGGUUCAAAUGGAAGAGGACACUUUGUUUUUGUCACAAAUCUUGCUCCAUGUUCUGGAGUCAGGAUUCACUUGUGGCCAGAAAAGCAUCGUUCGUCCAUCGAAAAUGAAGUACCUGCUAGCAAAAGGAUAGUUGAAGUUACCUCAAAGAUGGUCCAAAUCCCAGCAGGACCUGCACCAAAACAGGUAGAACCCGGGAGCCAAACUGAGCAACCGCCUCCUUCUGCCUUCCUUUUGCUGAGUCCAGAAGAUAUGAAUGGUUACAAUUUCAUGACUAUAUCGGUGGCAUCGCGGCAGAUGAUUUCAGGCAGACCUCCGCCAGCGGCUUCGAUGGCAGUGGGGCAGUUCUUUAAUCCAGUGGAAGGAACAAGUGCACUUUCUGUUGGCAGGAUUGUCCACUCUAGCUAUUCACCUGAAGAAAUAUUUUUGAAGGAGGAUCACCCAAUGGCUUUAACCUUGUCGUUUUCGGUCAGCCUUGGUCUUCUACCAGUUUUGUUUUCACUGAAAACUACUGGAUGUGGAAUAAAAAAUAUUGGUGACCAAAUUGAAGCUGAUAAAAACAACCUUUGUAAAUUACGGUGCUUCCCACCUGUUGCACUGGCUUGGGAUUCUGUAUCAGGCAUACACAUUAUUCCGAAUAUCUAUUCUGAAACUGUAGUGGUUGAUUCGUCACCUGCUACUUGGGAUUCACACCAAGGGGCAGAGAAAACUACUGUGCUAGUCCUGGCUGACCCGCAUUGCUCAUACAAAGUCAGUCUUCGCGCUUCGCUUGGUGCUGCAACUAGCAGAUUCUUUUUGUUGUACUCAUCCGAGAUUCUUGGUUUCAUGAUUGCCAUAAUACUGUUUGGCCUGAUGCGACAAUCGUCAGCAUGGGAACGUGACUCUUCUGUGCCAUCUAUUUUGUCAGCUAUUGAGACUAAUCUGAAGCCAAAGCCGUUGAUGUUCCUUUGCUUCACGCCAAUACUUCUUUUCCUUGCCUUCUUAUUUUUCACUACACAGCAAAACCCUCGAUUUGGAACCUUCUUGUUUGUUACUGUGGUCUGCUACAUAGUUGCUAAUGGUUUCACCAUUUUGGUAACACUAAGUUCGAAAUUGAUUCUGUAUGUGGCUGCCAUUCUACAUGUCUUCGCCAAAAGACGCUGGCAAUCUUGGGAGGACGGUACUCAUUCUCCAUUUGUUCGCCAGUUCCUCGCUUUCUCGUUCUCAUUUCAAUCUCUCAAGAUUGUGCAGAUGAUCAAGAACAAUACAAAUAUAGCUGUAGCAUUCGCUACAAUUACUCUUGUCUGCUUCGUUCAUCCAGCAAUUGGUCUUGGUCUGUUACUUCUUUCACAUUCCUUCCAUGCCCAUUCAGCCCUCUGCAGUUUCUUAGGAGCUUCGUUUCGUAACAUCGCUCAGAAAAAGGACCUGUAUAAAUCCAAGAUGGAUAAUAAUCCUAUUCUACAAUCCAAAAGUAAACCAGAUGGGCUCGAGCAACUUCUGCCAAUGGAUGACAGCCCAACAUCUGCUAAAAGCUUUACUGACAGCCAGCUAGAAGUGUUUGACUGUCGGCAUGGGAUUAUGAUCCUGCAUCUUCUAGCUACACUCAUGUUUGUGCCUUCACUUAUUGCUUGGAUACAGAGAAUUGGAGUGGGUCAGAGAUUUCCGUGGUUUGUUGAUUCUGCCCUUUGUGUUGGUGUUAUUCUGCAUGGACUUUUGGGAUCACAGCCAACUGCCAGCUUUAUAUCUUUUAAGUUACCCGGAAGGAGAGGGCGCGAAGUUGGAAUGAGCUUUCUCUACCUCAUAGGUGGCUUUUAUUCCUUUAUUAGCUCCAUGGCAUUGGCACCUUACAGAGCGCUGUAUGCGAUGGCCAUCAUUGGUUUCAUCUGUUUUGCUUCCAGAAUUCUUGAGACUAGAGGCAAGGUGAGAGGUGAUAUUAGCUCUAGAAAAAGGCACUGGCAUAGACAUUGA